CCCCCCCCCCCCCCGCUCUGUGCUGUUCUUUGCAACGCGGGUGACGUGGCCUCACGGUGAUUUCCGUGAGCGUCCCUGCAGGAGGACCGAGGACGGGUGUGGUGGAGGCGAGGAAGCUGCUCGGACCUGGCGACGCUCGAGAAAGCGUGGAUGUACCUCCGCAAAAGCCGAAUAUAACUUGGAAAGAGCAGCGCGAUUUUCCCGACCAUCUGGUGGUCGCAGCGCGUGUGGCUGGUUAGUCACCGUCGACACGCUGCUCAGUGUUCGUUCGAAAGAGAGAAAUCGCCGUUUCCCAGCAUUUUUCUUGGAGGACAAAACAGUAGCAAACAUGUCUAUUUUUCCUAAAAUAUCUUUGAGACUUGAGGUUGAAAAGUAUCUUAAAGAGGGUUUUAUGAAUAAAGAGGUUGUAUCUGCUCUAGGUAAACAAGAAGCAGAAAGGAGAUUUGAAACUCUGUUAAAUCACUUGUCACACCCGCCAUCAUUUACCACUGUCAGAGUAAAUACACAUCUGGCCUCAGUGCAACAUGUGAAAAACCUGUUGUUGGAUGAGCUUCAGAAGCAAUUUAAUGGAUUAAGUGUUCCUAUUCUUCAACAUCCAGACCUUCAGGAUGUCUUACUUAUUCCUCUUAUUGGACCUAGGAGGAAUAUCAAAAAGCAGCAAUGCGAAGCAGUUGUUGGAGCCCAGUGCGGCAAUGCAGUGCUAAGAGGGGCCCAUGUCUACGUUCCCGGUAUUGUGGCAGCUUCGAAAUUUAUGAAAGCUGGAGACGUUAUUUCUGUAUACUCUGAUAUUAAAGGCAAAUGUAAGAAAGGAGCCAAAGAAUUUGAUGGAACAAAAGUAUUUCUUGGCAAUGGGAUUUCUGAACUAAGCCGCAAAGAAAUCUUCAAUGGACUACCUGAACUGAAAGGUAUAGGCAUAAGAAUGACAGAACCGAUAUUCCUCAGCCCCUCAUUUGACAAUGUACUGCCCAGCUACUUAUUUUUACAGAAUUUGCCAUCUGCCGUAGUCACUCAUGUACUGGAUCCUCAACCUGGAGAAAAGAUUCUAGAUUUGUGUGCAGCACCCGGAGGCAAAACAACACACAUUGCAGCAUUAAUGCAUGAUCAGGGAGAAGUAAUAGCACUGGAUAAAAUAGCCAACAAAGUAGAAAAGAUAAAACAGAAUGCUUUAUUGUUAGGGCUGAAUUCCAUCAAGGCAUUUUGCUUUGAUGGAACAAAGGCUCUUAAACUCGAUAUGGUUAAGGAUGCUGAUGGAAAACCUCCAUUCUUACCCGAAUCUUUUGACCGAAUUCUUCUUGAUGCACCGUGCAGUGGAAUGGGGCAGAGACCAAACAUGGCUUGUUCUUGGACUUUGAAAGAAGUGACAUCAUAUCAACCAUUACAGAGAAAACUCUUCACUGUGGCAGUCGAGCUGCUGAAGCCGGGAGGCGUGCUGGUGUACAGCACGUGCACCAUCACGCUGGCAGAAAACGAAGAGCAGGUGGCCUGGGCCCUCACAGCCUUCCCGUGCCUCCAGCUUCAGCCCCAGGAUCCGCAGAUUGGAGGAGAAGGAAUGCUGGGAGCUGGCCUAUCAUUUGAGCAAUUGAAACGGCUGCAGCGAUUUGAUCCCUCUGCGGUGCCAGUGCGGGACACGGACCUCGGUUCCCUCGGCGGUGCCAGGCUAGAAGACCUGGUCUGGCUGGCAAAUAAAGAUUGUAUCGGCUUUUUUAUUGCAAAGUUCAUAAAAUGCAAAAGCACAGAGAAGGAUCCAUAGAAAUGAGAGUUACAAACAUUAGCUGUAUGGUUUUGUUUAGUUUUCUUCCUUCCUACCUUCCCUUUUUUUUUUUUUUUUAAUCAAACUGUUGUCAGGCCUGGUGAUUGAUGGCACAGUUGCUAAGGAAACAGAAAAGGCUGCCAGCUGUUGCACCAGGGACCAAGCGACUUGAACAAGAGGCUGCCUCAUGGAGCGGGUAGUUGGGGGUGGUACAAGAUUAUAUUUUGUGUGUUUAAAAUAAUUUUUUUUUUCUUAAGGAUUUAGCACAGUAUAGAGAAAAGGAGAUGUCUCCAGAUAUCUGGAGCAUAUUUUCCUUAUGGUUUUGUGUUUUAAUGUGCGAAAGAUACAAAUCAUUUUUAAUGUUAAAAUCUGUGAUUAUAACAAGAGGAAUAAAAUAAUACUGAAUUUGGUAAAAAGUGGUGUUUGUUCCUGAGAGUUCCUAAGUGGUAGUAUAGUUCCCUAAGAAUUCAGGGCCUGGGAACUAUAACGUUUUCCAUGUACUCAUUACUGAGGUGAGCAUUUUGAGUUACUAUUUGAUCAGUCAACUUUUUGAAAUGAAGUCCGGACCUCUCCUAAAUGGUGGUGUGCCUUCACUGUGUUUUCUUUUUUUUUCAUGCUUUUAAACUGAAAACUAUAGUAUUUUCUUCACUCUGUAGAUUAAAAUUACGACAUCUUGGGCACCUUUUAUCAUCCACUUGGAAUACCUAUUCUGCAGAUUACUGCGAGGUGACUGGUGAGAAAGAAGCAGCCAGCCUCCUGUCGCGGGGAACUGGCUGAGCUCUUGGAGCCAGGCCUUGGUGUUCUGUUGGACAUCAGCACAUUCACAGAACUCCCAACAUCAGACAAAGCAAUGGCGAGCAUGGAAGAUCAAGACAAAAAAGGAGCACCUCCUGAUCAAAUCUGGAACCCGGCAAAACCACGAGCAUCCCCCGGAAGUGACCAAACCUGCCACUGUUGGCGGCCAUGUGACUCUUACUAAAAACUAUAACCUUAGGCUUGCUUCACCCUGCUGCUUUUUAGAGAAGAUAUAUAAAAAUACUCCAUAAGCCCUUGUAUUGUGUUAAAUACAUUUCAAUGUUUUGUUAACUUCAUUUGAGUCAUCCCAGGAUCUCUCCGCUUUGUGAAUAUAAAGUGGACAGUUGGGAACAAUUACUUAAUAGUUUCUUUUUUUCCCCUCCUAGGUUUUGGUUCAGAAUUUCUUCUAUCUCUAGUGUCCGUCAAGAUUGCAAGGUCUCUUGGAUCAGUAGAUGUCACUGGACUAAAGAGAAACACGUUUACCCUCGGCACUGUCUCCAGGGCUCAACACAUUUCUCCAGACUUCCGGGAUGUUUUAAAAAGUCCUUUUUUCCCCUGCUAUCUGCAAAGCCUUAUGUGCUAAGUGUGACUCCUGACCUACUAGUAAGCUGAGAGUCUGCAAGACCGGGAGCCUCGUGUCACUGAGCAGGGGAUGAGGGCGAGGAUUUAAAUGGGACAUCAAGAAUCUCUGUGAUGAUGGAAAUAGUGUAUAUCAAUGCGGUCCAUAGGAAAGCGGCUAAGCACAUACGACUGCUUAGCACUCGAAAUGUAAACUGGAAGUGAAAGAGCCAGAAACUACGGAAGCCCAGAGCUGUAGAGCCUAGCUUGUCGUGCCCACUACAGUCACCAAGGUAUUCACAGCCUCCUAGCGCUGCAGAAUACCUUCUAAGUAAGUCCUCUUGGUUCUGUGCGCAAGACUCCUGGAGAUAGUUUCAACUCAUGUAUGACUGCAGCAAAGGUAAGUCACUAAUCCUGUGCCUCACAUUAUGUUAUGACUAGACUCUAUUUACCUGAAGGUCUUUACAAUCUGGGCUUAAGCCAUCUGCAGUGCCAGCUUUAAAAUAAUAUUUGGUUAUACGCCACUCGUGACAGUCUUGCAGGAAAAAGAAGCAAAAACCACCCGAUUAGGCUUCUCGAUCUACCAGUUUAUAAGAAACAGAACAACGAAAUAAACUACACUAGGAUAAUGCAGUUAGCAAACUUUGAACUAUGGAAAACCAUGGAUAAGCGACCCAGACUCUUUAAGCAGAAAGUUACAAGGGGGGGCGGGGGGUAAAAGGAAAAAAAAAAAAAAGGACAUCUGGAAAACUACAGACUAAGGAACUUAAGGACCUUUGAACCAAUCACUGUGGACUUUAUUUGCAUCCUGAUUCAACUAUAUAUUUCUGAUGCAUAAAUGAGUAAAAUGGAAAUAUAAAAAAUAUACAUGACAAUUAGGAAAUGAUACAAGGCUGAAUAGAAACCUCAUGAUAUUGGGGAUAUAUUGUUAAGAUAUGAUAAUAGCAUUAUGGUUUAAAUAAAGAGAGUCCUUGAUCUUUAGAAAUCUGUACCGAAAUAUUUACAUAUAAAAUCUGUCAUCAUGUCUGGGAUUUGUUUCAAAAUAACAGAGACAGCUGAAGGACAAAGAGGAGGGCUGGAAAUGAAACAAGGCUGGCCAUGAAUGUUGAAAGUGGGUGAUGAACGCCUGAGGUCCCUUACCCUUUUUACUUCCCUAUAUAUUUCCUUUAAUUACAGUUUUAAGGGGCGCCUGGGUGACUCAGUCAUUUAAGCGGCCGACUUCAGCUCAGUCAUGAUCUCACAGUUCAUGGGUUCAAGCCUCACGUCAGGGUCUGAGCAGUCAGAAGCCUACGUCGGAUUCUGUCUCUCUCUCUCUGGCCCGCCCCUGCUCAUGCUCUGUGUCACUGUCU